AUGAUGUCGAAUGUAAGUUCUCUUUUGUCUUUGGAGGGUGCAGAGAGUUACCUUCGCCAGGCGACGCCUGAGGGUCAGUGUGUUCUGGAGCAUGUUGCGGAAGUAUUAUCGACGCUCCUAGAUCAGCGGCCUCCUGACCCAUACGAAUCAUUUGAACUCGUCUCCGAGUACGUAAAGAAACAGCGAGAUGUCAAACAGAAGGUGGAGCAGCCACGCACAGCUGAUGAGGAACCGAGGCUCGCCGAAGCACAGGCAAAAUGGCUGAAGGUAACACGAAAAAGCCUGAAAUUGGCAGCACCACAAGAAGACGAUGGCGACAAGGGAUUUGCUUUUGCUCCAGACUUCAUGCUAGAGAAUCGCUUGCUGAGCUGGGCGGGAUACGGCUUUUCGGAAAAGGAGGCCUUUCGAAUAUCGUGCUCUCUGAAGCGCCUAGCUGCUGAAACGCCAAGGCUUCUAAGUGUUCGUUUCUGGGGAAAGAUUUUGGGGGUUCAGAACGACUACUGGAUUGCAGAGGGGCAACUGGCUGGGGAAGAGGCUGCACGGGAGGCAGGCGAAGGUGACGAUGACGAACCGGAUCCGCGAGGGCUUGGAGCAAACAAAUAUACGUACUGGGUUCUGCGGGAGUCAGAGGGAAGCGGCGAGUGGGAGGUAUUGCCGGAUUUGCUACCAUCUCAUAUCAGGACAGCCCGAAAGUUAAAAAAAUUUUUCACAGGUGAUCUGGAUCACCCUGUUAUUACGUUCCCUUGGUUCGCGGGGAAGGAACGCCACUUACUUCGGGCAGUGAUCGCACAAAUCAACUCAGAGACUGUCAUUUGCCCUGCGGGCCUAUGGCGGCCGAAGGAAGAGGAGCCCACACAGAUCGAGGAGGACACGGAAUUCGAGUACCCAUCUGCACAUGAGUUGCUUUCCUUGGAAGCAUGGACUCACGCUCGAGAAUAUAUCAACGCGGCCGGGCUAACGGCAUUCCCUGAAGUCGAUGAGGAGGCUGAUGAGGAGCGUUAUGCGGAAAUCCAAGCUAAAAUGGAACGCGAUCCAAUUCUGGAUGCAACUCGACCAAUCGUCGAGGAUCCUGAAAUACCAGGCGGCUACCCACAAUGGACCUCCAAGCUCGCAGGCGACUGUGCUAGCUACGGGUCUGACGGAGUGUCUUACGCGGUUGUGGUGGUUAAAAAUCUGCGUUGGCCUGGUGCUGUAACUGUCUAUCAGAACAAGAAGCUAACAAACGUGUAUAUUGGCUACGGUAUACAGGCUGGCCUAAAUCCCUUCUUCCCUGUUGCUCCAGAGGAUGUGCAAGACGAUCCCGAAGAUCUUGAGGAGCAGCCUGAGCCUCAGCCACAGGAUGAAGAGCUUUCCGAUGGAGCGAGUCAAGAAAACGAUGAAGAGGAUGCAGAGAGCGAAGAAGAUGAGGGAGAAAAUUAA